GACGAAAGCCGCGAAAUGUGUCACUUCUGUCGUCCUGUCAGUUCCCAAACAGCAGCAUGUAGUGUAAGCCGCAGUGUUGUGUGAUUAUUAUUAUAAAAAAAUAACCCAAAUCAAAACAAUGACAAACGUCUUGAUAAAUAGCUAUACAUUUAUAGUCUACAAAUAGAAAUAUUAGUCGAUAAUAUUCAUCUCAACCUACUUAGCUGUGACAUUUUUCCUUUGUUUUGUUAAAACUUAUUCAACAAUCCCCAGAUUAAAAUGCUCAGAUGACUGAAGAAACGUGAAAUUUAUGUCAUUAAAGAUAUCGAUAAACUUUGCCAGGUUCAAGCAUACUCUAGUGUCAACAUUUCAACGUCUGAAAAUGGAGGGCAUGAGUAAUGAGUAUACGGAGGUAUAUAGGCGCUUACCGCUGAAGCUGCAGCUAACCUAUGGUGUUGGACAUGUCCUCAACGAUGUCUGUGCUUCCAUGUGGUUCACCUACCUCCUAGUAUUCUUUCAUUAUGUCUUACAAUUUAGCAACUUUCAGACAGGCCUAAUGCUAUUGAUUGGUCAAGUAGCCGAUGCUUUAUCAACGCCGUUUGUCGGCUAUCAUUCCGACCAAUCGGCUGGAUCGUGGAUAUGUAAUUAUGGAAAACGAAAAACGUGGCAUCUUCUAGGUACUAUCUGUGUAAUCGGCACAUUUCCAUUUAUAUUUUCUGAAUGUCUAGGAUGCUCAAAUAGUCGUAAUACAGCAGAAGUAUUUUACUACAGUAUGUUUAUUAUCAUUUUCCAGUUUGGGUGGGCUGCCGUACAAAUAUCACAUUUAUCACUUAUUCCUGAACUUACACCCAAUGAUCACGACAGGACUAAACUGACCGCUGUACGUUACUGUUUUACUGUGAUAUCUAACGUUCUAGUCUACGUUAUUACUUGGAUAGUUUUACACAUUCACAAUGGAGACAGUUCUAAAAUUGGACCUGGUGACGAGCCUAAAUUUCAACUUGUAGUAUUGUCUGUAUUUGGAGUAGGUAUAGUGUGCUCCACAAUAUUUCAUUUCUUUGUUAAAGAAGAAAGGAACGGUACCGGGCAUGACGUUAGAGGUACACAAGUUCGAACGAGUAUUUCUGAUUUAUUACGGAAAAGCACGAUUUAUAGGAUAGGUGUCGUAUACAUGUCUUCCAGGUUAUUUGUAAACUUGUCUCAGGUAUUUAUUCCACUAUACCUUCACGAGACGCUUGAUAGUGCUGCCAGUUCAUUGGCAUUGGUACCUCUAGUCAUGUUUAUAGGUAGUUUUGUAGCUUCUUUAUUCAUAGAAUGGAUCAACAGGCAUCUUGGUCGAAAAGUAACCUACAUGUUAGGAACUAUUUUUGGGGUGGUAGGUUGUAUCUGGAUAAAGUUUGGAUAUGGAGAUAACUAUAUAAACUAUUGUAUAUACGCAGUGGCCCUCCUUAUUGGAGCAGGGGGAUCUAUUGUCUUAGUGACUAGUUUAGGUAUCACUACCGACUUUAUUGGUGAGGAUACUCAUAAUGGUGCUUUCGUAUACGGAGUUAUGAGCUUUAUUGACAAACUAGCAAAUGGAGUUGCUGUCGUGAUUAUACAAUAUCUACAUAACGAUAAGAGUAAUAUUAAUUUUUAUAGAGAAGUUUUGACUUACGUUUGUGGCGGUUCAAUAGUUCUUGGAGGUGUUGCUGUAAUCGCUUGUUUUUAUAACUCGAGAAGAACUAGAAUAGUAUAUGAAAGCAUUCCCAAUGAUAGUACUAUUAAUUAGGAUAUACGAAGAACUGAAUAAAAGGAUAUUACAGAACUCUUAAAAUAGUUAAGCGAUCAACAUAGUCACGGUGUUAGCUUAUGUCUGUCAGUUGUUCCUAAAUCAGUAUCUAAGUAUGUCACAAAAUUAUCCAUUUUAAAAGAUACGUAGUAUUUAGAU